AUGGCCUCUACACUUCAAAUGGACUUGUACCGCACUGGGGCCGGGCUUUUCCUCUUCUGCUGCGUGUGGGGAUGCUUCAUUCCUACGACGACGUACAAGCGGCUUGGUUUGAUGGCCCAUUCACAAGCAGCUUCAAUGGGCACAAUGGCAAUUGCUGCGGGAGUUCUUGUCGAGCAUCUGAGCACGCCGCUACAAGAAUGGGAGGCCUGUGUUAUCUACUGGGGGGUAUGGGUGUCGUGGCCGAUGAUCUUCACACAGAUCGCAGCAGCCUACUGGGGGGCCAACAAGAUGCUUCCUAUUGCAGGGGAAGCGGCCCCUGGAGCGUCCCCGUGGAAGGAAAACGUCGUUGCAGCGGCUCACAUCGCCGCGGUACUCGGCAACAUUCCUGCAUGGGCGAUAAUUUGCUGGAGGCUCUAG